GAAACAUUUUAGGGCUCGUUUCACUGGACCGAGGAUCCGCGGUCCAGAGUACAAUAGUCUACGAUGAAUAAACAGCGCUUGGAGCCGAGACUUCGAUGCCAUCGUGCGAAAUACAUGACCCUUAGCUGUGGAGAUCGAGAUUCUGGCCCGGCGCACGUAAGACAAUUCUCCACGCAGCUUGACCGGGACGGAAAUACCGAUGCCGAAACAAAAGCAGCCGGUAUCCCAGCUAAGACUGAAGUUUCUCCUUCUCGUUACUUUGUACAGGUAUACUUGCAAUUGCCUACUCCGUCACCAUGAGGUUUCAUCGGUGUCUGUUUGUUCUAUUGGCUCUGCUCGUGAUAGGGUUGCAUGCAGCAGAGGUGGCCCUGAAUGAGUUUCCUUCAUGUGCAAUUACUUGCAAUGAUCAACUAUUUUCUGACUGCUCCCUCAAUCGCACUUCCUGCUUCUGCGCUAGUGACUCGCGUCCAACUUCGUUGCUGAGCUGUGUUUCGAGCAACUGUACUGUGAAGGAGUACUUUACCACAUACAGACUAUAUGAGAACGAGUGCAACAUUACACCUCGUCAAGCCCCUUCCAUGAUCAAUCCUUCAACGUUGAUUCCUUUCAUUCUGGCCACUUUCUUCUUUAUUACAAGAAUCAUUGCCAAGAGUAGUGGACUUGCAGGAGGAUGGGGUUGGGAUGACUACACUAUCAUUGUUGCCUUUAUACUAGGCGUUGCUAUCUAUGCUAUUAACUGCACGAUGAUUCGUUAUGGCUUUGGCCGCAACAUCUGGGAUGUACCGUUCUCCGAUAUCACCAAGUUCUACCAGCUCUUCCAAGGCCUCGCCGUGAUGUAUAAGAUCCAGAUUUCCCUUUGCAAGAUCUCCGUAUGCCUGUUCCUCCUCCGAAUCUUCCAGACCCGCUCGUUCCGAUAUAUCGCAUACGCUCUGAUCGGUGUAAAUGCCGCCAUCGGCAUUUCCUGGGCUUUCGUUGAUUCCUUCCGUUGCUUGCCUACCCGCUUAACGUGGACUGGCUGGAUGGGUGAGGAGUCUGGACAGUGCAUCAAUUUCGUCAUCUCUAUUUUGAUCAACUGCCUGGUCAAUAUCUUUGUUGACUCUGUCCUGAUCUUGAUGCCCGUAUGGGAGGUGAUCAAAUUGCAGCUACCACUGAAAAAGAAGCUGGCCGUAGGAUUGAUGUUCACCGUGGGAUCGGUCCUGACGAUUAUCGCCAUCAUUCGAGUCGUCGUAUUCUGGGAAAAUCGCUGGGGCAUCAAUCAGACCGUCGGGUUGUUUCCUCUUAUCCACUGGUCCGUGAUCGAGGUCCAGAUCUCCAUCAUGUGUGCCUGCCUUCCUGCAUUCAGAGCCCUCGUUGGUCGCUGGUUCCCGGGCUUGAUUGGAUCUGCGCGCCGAACGUACGCUUCACACACAAUGGAAGGCUACAACAGACAUACCGGGGGAAACAGUAAUAUCAACAAGUCGGUCAGCUAUUCGGUGAAUUAUACUUCCCGAUCGGAGACGAACAGUGCGGUAGAGUUGGUGGAUGUCGACGCGAAGCAACAUGCAUGAUGUUUUUUCACAGUUGUUUGCUCGGUCUGGAUGUAUCCCGCUAGAAUGACUCGGGCGUCAAUGGCUUCGAUUUAGAUAGCUUAUCAGUCGUGGCUUAAUUUCACAUUAAUUGAUUAUACGAUUUAAGGG